UAUCCUGUUGUUCGCUGCCCACCUUUUAUCUAAUAUAAAUAAUGGUCAGCCAAAUACUUUAAAUUAUUUAAUAUUUGAUUAAUAUAUGUUCUCUUUUGAUUAAUGUUUCCUCAUCCAUGGAGUCCCUAUCAUGCACAGCAGAUGAUGGCGAUAUUUCUCGCGGAGAGAGGAUUGGUCGUUGACCGGAAGUUAUUGUUGUCAGCAACAGUUGCUGUGUUUUCAUAUUUUCCAUCGUUAGCUAGCAGUUGUGAAGCUAUUAUGUAUCGUUCGAUUCUGACCUCGGGUUGCAACGAAUUCAGUUUGUUCAAAAUUAUAUAGGUCUAGCUAGCUACUUCCUACUGAGUUUUGUCGCGUUGUGCUUUCAACUGUUUAGAGGUGUUAGCCAGCUAACGUUAGUAGCUAGCUACUGUUAGCAUAAAGUCGUCAUUAAACAAGCGUGAAGCGGGAUAUUUGAAUGUUCGACUUCCUAAGGAAAAUGACGACAAUGGUUGUUUAUUUAUCUAUAUCAACUCCCACGGUUAGUAACAACUAUGUUAUGUGUAACGCCUGAUCGGGUCUGGUGUUGAGCAUACUAGCUAUCAUACUCUACUCUGCUGCAGUGCUCGCUACUAGAUAAUCAACUGAGCGUCAGAGUCGAUUAGAUAUGGCUCAUACUCUUCUGAGCCGAUCAAACGAACUUCUGAACUUUGCAAGGAAUAUAAACCUUGACGAAUCCACUUCAAGUUCUGAUGCUGGAGACGUCUUGAUUCGUGCAACAAAGAUUCACUUUCCUGAGCGGAGCUAUGAAGGGCAGAGGGAUUUGGGGUCGUUGUCCACCGUAUCUAAUAACACAGACAAUGUAAAGAUAACAGUGAAGAAGUCCUCUCUUCUUGACGAGCCACCAAAGAUCGAAAAGCAAAGACAAGCAAGGAAACAAGAACACAGGCAUGUGCCUCCUGCCCUGCAAGCAAACCUGCCAUCAGUUUCACCCUCUGAGGGAACGAAAGCACGCAAAAAGAGUCCGAUAAAAAGAGUCCCGCAAAACGAGUCCCAAGUUCCUAGUAUAGAUGGAAAAGAAACACUGACCUCUGUUCAACCUAAGGGCAGUGAGGACAAAGACCAUGAUCUGCUAAUAUCCCGAUAUGCUGCUGGUGGCAAAGGGGCAAUCUUGGCAGCUCUAAGACAGAGGUCCCAGACUGCCCCCUUGAGGCGAGAAGUGAAGGUGCAGUUACUGGACCAGCGGCCACCAUCGAGCCAGGAGCCCCAGCCUGUUUCUGGCCUCUCAGGGGAUACGGGAGCUGCCUCCACUGCAGCCGUGGUCACAGCUGCUGCCACAGCACCACUCAUCAAGGCUCAGAGUGACAUGGAGGCAUGUGUUUCCCAGGUGUGGGAGGGGCUACAGAGGCUGCUGGAGUCAGACAGGUACCCAGGCAGGGCUCAGGAGGCCAGAGAGGACAGAGCAUCAGAGAGGGUGACCCAGCUGGAGGAGCAGCUCAAUACCGUGACCCAGCAGAGACUACAGCACCUGGAGUGGAUUCAGAGCCAACAGAUGGAGCUGCAGAACCGUCUCCUGGGCUCUGCUCUGGGUGUAGUGACUGGCCACACCCCUGUGCCCUCACCCUCCAUGCUGAACACUGGCCCUGCUGCCUCUGUAUAUCCAGACCCUCGGCUUCCUCAGGACCUUCCCGGUCACGUUCAUAUUACCCACCUUGAUGCUGCAGACUGUUCCCCUGCUGUUCCAGCCACAGCAUCUCCAGACCCAUCUAGCCAGCAGAGGGGAGGAGAGGGUAAGAGCCCUCUGGAGACCCCAGCUCCUCGCAGGGUCAUCCCAAAGCCUACGCGCUGGAACACCACCAACGUCCGGAACACACAGAGCACUACACAGCAGCACAGCUACAGGACACAGAAAACACCUCACACAGCACAGCAAGGAAAUGGCAGACUUCUGGAGGCUAUCCCUAACAACAGCAACAGCUUGGCAACCAGAGGUGUGCAGCAGCAAUCUUCUGCGAGGGCUGCCAUGGCAACGCCCAACGACGGCUGCCAGCAACCAGCGCAAUCCAGGGAAGGCCAACACCAGCAAGAGGGGGUUAGAGAGCUGGUCAUUGCAGCAUUAGCGAAGCACAGCGACACAAAUCACCAAGGUAGAGGAGGAGGAGGUCACCAGCCAGGCCUCCCAUCAUCCUUUGGGGUUCCUGAGCAACCCAGCUCAGCCGUGAAACGAGCCAAUGAUACUCUUCAGGAACUGGGACGCCUCAAAACUGAGAUGCAGACCCUGCUGCAGGCUCGCGAGGCUUUUCCUGCUGCAGGGAGCAGAGAGACUGUCAGAGAGACGGCAUCAGCCAAGACCAGCAACACCACAAGCAGCAGCAGCAGCAAGCAGCUCACUAUCCCCUCUCCCGCCACCAUGCACCACCACCCUCCUCCCUGCGUCUCCAUGUCUCGGGAAGAGGUGGCCGUAGUGCUCCCUCCAGUCCUCCCCCUGCCUCCCGCCAGGCCCACCCCCACCCUGCUGCAGCAGAGCCGGCCGUGCCCAUCCAUGUUUGAGGAUGCUGAGAGGGUCCUCCGGCAGGUCCAACGACACAAGAAGACCCUGGAGGAAAAUGUGGAGGCCAUGCUGAGGGCUAAGGACGGAGAGACCCUGCACUCCCAGUUAGAGGCACUCUCCUGCAACAGAGACACCACAGAAGAAGUCAGGAUCAAGAAGACUGUGGAUGCAUGGAUCAACGCCCUGAGCAAGGAUAUCCAGGCCGACAUUACGAAAGAAGACCUUGUUGCUCAGACGAGAGCUAAAGUCAGAGAGUCCUCUGCUGCUGCCGCCGUGUUGCCCCAGAAAGACAGAGGGACCAAGAAGGACACCACCACCUGUAGGCUUAAUGACGUGAAGAGCAGGAGUCAGACUGGGGGGCCUCGAACAGCAGGAAGUAAGCCCUGUCAGAGAGCCGGCAGAGGACAGACAGAAAGCACCGAGGAGCUGAACAACAGAUGCAAACACACCGCUGGCCCCAGUGUGAGGCUGAGACCAUCUCCAUCUCAUCAGGUGAGUCAGUGUGGAGAGAUGAUGUCAAACCAGGAUGGAGAGGAGUAUUUGGUGAAACUGUAUGGGAAGGCUCUGUACGAAGGCAAUCGGAGGACACUGAAGAAAGGGCCCUAUCUCCGAUUUAACUCUCCCUCCCCAAAGUCCAAAGCCCCGCGGCCAAGAGUGGUAGAGAGUGUGAGAGGGGUGAAGAUGAAGUCAUCGAAGACCCAGACCAGUCUCCACCAUGGACGGUCAGUCUCCUCUCCCCUGUACCCGGCCAUACCCAAUGAACCUCAGUACAUCUUCAGCCCGACCCGUGGAGGAGCCCAGUACCACCCUGGGACCUCGCUGGAGGGGUACCUCAUCCCCAUGGCCAUCCCAAUGGGCCAGCCCAGAGUGGAUGGGUUGGCCCCCCAGCCCUCCCGUGUCCUCAUCAGUGACCGGCCAGUGACCACCUCCAUGCCCCCCUCCCCACCCAGACCGGCCACUGCCCCCCGCAAACCCACCGUGGCCGUGCCGGAGGUGACGUCUGGCCCGAGGAGAAGACGAGCACAGCUUCAAGUGCAAGUUCAGCCCAGUGUGAAUAUCGAACCCCACACGCCAACCCCCAGCCAGAGCCCAGCUCCCUCUCCACCACCUGCUGCUGCUGCUCCUGCAGACAUACAGAGUGUAGAGGGGAGGCAUGAUGAGGAGAUGGAUGAUGAGGAGGAGAGCGUUUUCCCCGGAACACAUUUCCUGGAGGUUGCUGACAUUGCCCAGGAUCCAGAGGAGGGGGAGGAGGAGGAGCUCCAUGAUGGUCCUAUAGAACUGAACGGUCUGGCCUCUCCUCCUACUGCUAUGUACCACGGUCCUGUGUUCCCCUGCUACCCUGCAGAGCCCCUACCACCCCCAGACCCUGUCCUCAGCUCCAUCCAACACAGAGAGACCCUGGAGAACAGGCUGGUUGACUGGGUGGAGCAGCAGCUGAUGGCCAGAAUGAUCUCCGAGAUGUACCAUCCCCCUCUAGCUGACCCCGCCCAGAACCAGAGUCCCUCCCACUCUGAGCCAGAGGACAGUGUUACCUCUGACAUCGUGGAGGCUGCGGGUGGAGAGGGCCUACAGCUGUUUGUGGACACCAGUGUUCCUGUGGACUCGGAGCUGAUCAGACAGUAUGUGAACGAGGCACUGGCAGAGACCAUAGCCCUGAUGCUGGGACAGAGAGAGGGACAGGAGAGACCUGUAGCACCAGCCAAGCCUCGGGAUCCUCCGUCACAGGAGGAGCCCUUGUUGCCAACCCCAGUGCCCACCCCAGAGCCCAGUGUUAGUCCUGGGCCCCACAGCAGAGGCCUGUCCCCCCUGGCUACCCCACAGGCUUCAGAGCAGGGGACCCCCCAGCAGUCACCCAGAGAAACCCAGCCACAGGGGCCUCACGUCUCCACACCUGCAGACCCAGAGCCAAUAGUGACCCCAGUCACCACUCCAGACCCCUCUCCCCUGGCGGUGUCCCCUCCCUCUGGCCCUGCCGGACCCUGGGGAGACGCAUCGCUGCCCCUGGCUGAGGAGCAACCCCACAGCCCUGUAGAGGAGCAGGAGAAGCACAACAAGCCACUAGUGAUGUCAGUGGCUGAGGAGGAGCCUUUCAGUGUGCCUCCAGUCCCACCUGUAACCUCCAGCCCCCUGACCCAGUCUCCCCGCUCCCCUACUCCACCUCCCCCACCUGGGCCUCAGACCCCCUCCACUCCCCCCUCCUCCUCCUCGUCAUCGUCGGAGACGACCAGCAGCAGCAGUAGUUCCACAGUCACUGGGACAGACGCGGCUGCUAGACACAUCUCAGAGGGAGAGCUGCUCCUCAGCUAUAGCCAGGCGGCAGCAGCACGGGCCUUUGAGGAGGAAGGCUUCUAUGUUCCCUAUCUAAUCAACAGCUUCUCCAGCUCGCUACAGGAGGUUCAGGACAUGGACUACGACCCGCCCAGUGAGGGUCAGGUGAGGAGGCCUGUCAACCCGGCCCACCACGACCCCAUCCUGUCUCUAUUGGCUAAGAUGGACCAGGGGGUCAUCACGCAGACACGCGCUGACCCGGAGGAGUCCUGGGAGGAGGAGGGAGAGGUCAGCGAAGGCCAGAGACCCAGGCUGCAUCCUGCAGGGGAGAGGCUAGUUACUGGACACUCCCUCACUGUCCAGCCCUGGAACAGGACAGAGCCCAACCCCAGACAGGGACACGUCUCCUCCCCAGGACAGCUCACCCUGCAGUCAGCAGAUGUUACAUAUGCAACGAGCUUCCAGGACACUCAGUGGCCAGUUGACAUCGGAGUCCUGGAUGUGGAGCCAGAGAUGUCAAAUCAGCCUGACACCUCAAUGUCACCUCCACCGAUGGCGGACUUAGUCUCCCACUGUGCACCACAGGCAACUGAGGUGUCUUGUCCUCCAGCUCCCAGACCUGCUCCCAUCAUGGUCAGGCAGUUUCAAAAGACCAAUGGAGAGACAUCAGAGAAACCAGGGGAGCGGGCUCAGCAGGGCUCCAGAGUGGUGGCCGUCCGGCUGCCCUUCAUCGGCCCAGAGGAAGAAGAGGAGGAGGGCUCUGUCAGUCUGGGGCUCAGCACCGGAGGAGGAGGAGGAGGAGACACAGACUCAUCAGGGAAUGACAUAUUCUAGUGCUGCUGACCUGCUUUAGUCAUUACUGAGACAUUACAGAAGAAUGCCUACAAGACGCCUACUACUUCCAUCUCCGUUUCAUCACACUCAGUGGAUCGAUGGGGAGACCACUAAAGACUUCUUACCAGAUCUGGACAGAGCUCAGCAGAGAGAGAUAACAUUCCAUUUCUUGUGAAGAUAUUCAGACAUUCGCUGUUUAUUUACCUCUGGAACCAAUAACCAUGUGUUUGGACCAAUUUGCCUGUCAGAUAAUCAAUGUAUUGUAUGUAGCAAUAAUCAAUGAUAGUUUUUUUUAGCAAUAAAGUUGAUACUUUUGAGUGUUUUAGUAACAACUGUUAUAUAAACUGAUAUCUUAACUUCAUACUUACCCUAUGCAAAUGAAAUAAAUGUCAUUCAAAUACACAUUUUUAUUUCAA